AUAUUUCUGUUUUGCCAAAGCUAAUUUUCAAUUGUCUGUAUGAAAACGAUUCGUAUUAAUACGCUGUUCUAUAAUAAUAUAUGCCAGUUAAAUACGUCAUUACAGGUCGUAAUUUCAUUGUUUACCCGCAUCUUAAUAAAGGAAUUCGUGACCUCCUUGAGAAUUCCUCGCGUGACAAAGCGCCGUAUAAUGUCGCGUUAACUCCCAUAAUUUUUCCGACAUUAUGUCACAUUUACCGUUGUAAUCUACGAUAAAAAUGCGGGCGGGAAAUUGCCGAGUCGCUGACGGUGGACGGAUGUUAUUGAACGUAUAAGACGAAGGACUUGUCGAGACGCGACGAAGGACAUUAUAUAUUCAAGUCAGGAUAUUUACGGUCCUUAAUCUCGGAUGAUAAUCUUAAAUGGCGUAUUCUUUCGUCGCGCCGCCACUGACGUCUCUUUAUUUUUUUUUUCGUGCUUCAGGUAACGCGUCGUCUGUGGAGCAGAAGAACGGAAAUGGCAACGUCAAGGGUAACAAGACGAACAACAACGGUGUCGAGGUGAACAGAAACGAGGACCAAAAUGGUGGCGUCGAUGCCAAGGGACAAGCAAAGAAGAAACCGACCGCGCCUGGGGGCGGGCCUUUAUUACAACAGACAGAGAUAUCCACCAGCCAGCUUGAUUUCUUCAAGAUGCUCGACGAGAAAAUUGAGAACGGUCCGGAUUAUGACGAGAGCCUCGAUACGACUAAUCGAGCUGAGCGAGUGUCCAGUUUGCUUCGCCGCUGGGAGCUGGCCAGCGUGACCUGGUCCAGCGUCUCCGAUUUGGACAGUACCUCCUUGCCGUCUAAUCAGAAGAGCCGCGCGUCCGCGCUGAACAGCCCCCGUCAGAACCUGAGCGCCAAGGACCGCGAGGGUAUGAGAAAUAUAGUGGGCGGCAGGCCGGAGAGCGCCCCGAUCUUCGUGCGUAACGCGAAUCGUGUGGACGGACUGCAAGAUAGUGGCCACUAUUGUCCGUCGCCGAAUAUGCCGCGGCACGUGCUCGAGUCCAUCACCCAGAGCCCGACCCAGAGCGUGAAGACGACCACUCCGCCGGGUGGCUGCGCGUCGCCGAUCGGGUCGCGCUACGUUCAGGACAGCUACGGUAAGGAGUGUUGCUCGGUCGUGAGCACCACCGAGCAACAACAGCAGCCGAAGAAGAUCCAUUACGUCGGCCAGAAUCCGGUGAACGGUGAAUACGUGACGCAGCAAGCGCUCUAUCGCGAACAAUAUCUGCAGCAGACCGGUAUAAUUACCGUCGCGCCUCAGUACUCGGCCGGCUCGCCUGGCGGCAACGUCCUCAGGAACAAUCCGUACGUUCAGCACUUUCAGAUCGCUGCGAAUCCCCAGCACUUCGCCGCGCCCGCGAGAAGACGGGGCUUUAACGCCGCGCAGAUGACGUGACCCGGAUGGGAGCAGCGAUCGACGAGAUAAGACUGAACUCUGCGGAGAGAAUCGAGAGGUACCCCCGAUGAGAAUGAUCGUUGAAGAGAGAGUCAUAGGACGAAGAGACGCUUUUUUCGUGUGGUGAUUAAUAUAAGAAGAAGAAAG